GUAAAAAACAAGAUAGAGUACGUUUGAGGGAUAUUUGUCUGUGAGAAGAUCACAACACCCAAUGGAAACUUCUCUCUCUUUCUCUCUUUCUCUCUCUGCUUCUUCUCCACACUCCGCACAUUAACACAUUAACACACUGACACACACAACACUCUCAGGUGAUCUCUUCUGAUCCUUAUUCACUCCUCUUUUCUUCCUCAACAACUUUCCCUCUCCCAAAUGCAGGAAAUACAUUCCAUCGGAGGAGGAACCAAGUUCUUCGCUGCCGGAACCGCCGACCGGAGACUCAGACCUCACAACAACAACCACCACAACCACCAAGCCUUAAAAUGUCCUCGUUGCGACUCCAUCAACACAAAGUUCUGUUACUACAACAACUACAACCUCUCUCAGCCACGUCACUUCUGCAAAAACUGCCGUCGUUACUGGACCAAAGGCGGCGUCCUCCGUAACGUCCCCGUCGGCGGUGGUUGCCGUAAAUCUAAACGCUCCAACAAACCAAAAAACUCUUCAUCCUCUUCAGAAACCACUGCUUUGCCGGGAACUCCACCGGAGACAGAGAACAAGUCAAACUCCCACUCGAGCAGCGAGAGUUCUAGCCUCACCGCCGCGGCGGUGACGGAGGCGGUUUCAACACCGUCGGCUACGAACACUAACUCGAAAAAAACGCAAGAGUCGAAGUUGUUGAGCCAUGUGAAUCAAUCAAACACUGAUUUGGGGAAUGAUUCUCUGGAACAAGGAACAGGGGAUUGUGGUAUUUUCUCCGAGAUUGCAAAUUUUACAAGCUUAAUCACUUCCUCAAACGAGGCAUUACCGUUUGAAUUCGGUAACGGGAACGGUAACGAUUUUCAGUGGCAACAUCAAAAGGUGAUGACCGUUACCGGCAAUCAACCAAAUCAUAACGAAGAUGUUUUGAAGUUGUUACCGGGGAAUAUGGGUGCGGGUGCUUCGUUAAUGGACGGUGUUGAUUUCUCUGCGCUGCAAAAUAAAACUAGCAACGGAGGAUUUGGACCGUUGGAUUGGCAUGGUGAUGGUGGCGCGGAUCAUGGUUUAUUUGAUCUUCCUAACACCGUUGAUCAAGGUUACUGGGCUCACACUCAUUGGUCUGAUCAGGAUCAUUCUAAUCUCUUUCAUCUUCCCUGAUAUAAGUAUUAAGCCUCACCUCAACCUUUUCUUUUUUUUACCUUUUUUUUAUUUUAUAAAUUAUAUAUUUUAACUUUAAAGAAGAGCAAAGAAUAUUUGAAAUCAAAGCCUAAAAAAAAAAAUGAAAGAGAGAAUGAAGAUGCAUGAUGGACUUGGUAUAAUUAAUCAUGAGGUGUAUAUGGUUUUUUCUUCUUUUAAUUUCUUUUCAAAUUUGGGAGGUGAUCGAGCUUGAUUUUAAUUGCUGAUGUGCAUGGACAACUAACUUCCAUGUUAGCUUCUAUCUGAUUUUUCUUUUUCUUUUUAUUUUUUAUUUUCUUAUGAGUUUGGUUUAAUAUAUCAAAUAUAUGUAUGUGGAAUUUGAUUGAUUAGAGAAAUAGAAAAUAUAUUAACAGUGUUUUAUUUAAUACAUGUGCUCAGUUGAUUAGGUUGGUAAUCUCAUUUUGGCUGCAAAUCCUUCUAAUAAUACUCUAAUUAAAUAUUUACUUAUUAUUAAUAAAGAAAUUGCGAAUAAUUGUUUAUUGUUAGUAGUGUGAUAUAGUUAGCAUGCGCGAUGAUGAGUGCGGUUGCGGAAGAGAGGGGAGACACGUGGGUUAGACAAGAAGAUUGUGAUGUGAAGAGUCGGUUGGAGUGUGUUGUCUUGUGGUGGCUAAUUAUGGUCCUUACUCUAUUCAUAUUUCAUACCAUAGUGUGAUUAAAUCAAGUCUCACUCGCAGAGAAGAAAGGGCAACCAUAUAAUUAGGGUGGUGGGGUGGGGGAACCAUGUUAGUGCAUUCAUAGUGGACUGUCAACUCAAUUGCAUGGAAAGGAUUAUGAAGUUGAUGCUUGCCUACUAUGUCGGUUUGAUCAAA